AUGCCACCACCGCUACUAGCCAAAAGCUCCAAACUGGAGCCUGAGAAAGCUCAGCCUAACAAGAUUGUGCCCAGUGAGGAAGACCAAGCUGAAAAGAAUGGAGAGGAUAACCAAACAACAUCUUCACCUUCAUUUCAAGACACAGCAAAAAAGAGAUCAGCUUUUGAAGAUCUCACUAAUGCUUCUCAAAGUCAAACUGUCCAGUUAAAGAAGGAAGACAAUACAGAGCUUAGGAACCAUGUUUCCAAGAGGACAAGCAAGGAAGUUGGUGAAAUUACUCAGAUAAAAACUUCUAAGUUGGGACUUGUUACCUCACUGUCAAACACAGAGAAACAGUUUAUUCUGGAUAUACCCACCAAUUCUAAAGCACUAACUACUGAGAAACCAUCUGUCUUUGAAAAGACAUUAGUUUUAAAUGAGGAACCUACUACUGAAGAGACAAGCCUUAUGAAGAAGACAUUACAGAGGCGUGCAUAUCAUCAGGAGACAUUUCUAAUGGAGCCACCACUAAUGUUGCUGGAAGAGACUGAAGUUUAUGAUGGGCUUGAUACAGAGCCGAUGACUUCAGAAAUGAUGGAUGAGCCUGAAGAAGCAGAGAUCAUUGAGGAGGUACCUGACACCAGGGAGUCAACUCUCACCUCGAAGGCGACUUUCACCUCAAGUCCAUUAUCUUUAAAGAAUAAACCUGCUAUUCAAGAAGAGAAGUAUAUUAUCAGGGGGAAGAGUUCAUUCAGGAAGAAAUCAUUAGAAUUAAAGGUGGUGACUACUAGAGAGAAGUCAGUAAUUAGAAAGCCAUCUUUCAAGAAAAAGCAUCCUGCCACUGAGAUGAAGUCUUUGAUACAGGAACCAUCUUUACUGCAAGAGAAAUAUAAUGCUCAAGGGGAGGCAAGCAUCUUGAAGAAGCCAUUACAAGAGAAUACAAAUAAUAAAGAUGACAUUUUGACAGAGCCAGUUACUUUGAAAGGGAAACAUAGUACCAAUGAAACAACCCAUACAAAAAAGCUAUUCUCUUCUAAAAAUAAUCGUGACACUCAGGGGAGCAACAUUAAUUUUACGUCACUAGGAGUUCAACCAGUCACCCAUGAACAUGAGCCAUUUAAGAAGUCUACCACCAAGAAACAUUCCCAUUUCCAGGGGCUAUCUGCAUUGCCAGACAAGCACAUUGCUGGCUUGGAGAUGUCCACUGUGGAGAAGUCCUUGACUCUGCAAAAGACUACUACUAGGGAAGAGGUGUUGCAUUUUCCCGUAGCUCCAGUUUUGAAGAAGCAGCGUAGCAUGGAAGAGGCCCCUCGCGUGAAAAAGCACUCAUCUUCAAAGAAGAAGCGGCAUCUCCCUAAAAGGAGACAUUUGGUCAAUAACCCUGCAGUGCAAGAGCCAGUUACUAAUGAGCCAUUGUCCUUCAAGAAGUCUACCAUCGAGAAAGAGCCCCCUAUCCAGAGGCCAUCUGCAUUACGAAAGAGGCACACUAGUCCUAGGAUAUUGUCCAGGUCAAAGAGGCUCUGUGCCCCAGGAAAGCGUCACAUGGUGGAGGAGUCACAUUGUCAGUUAACUUCAGCUUUUAAGAAACGGUGCAUCAUGGAGGAGCCAGCCUUCACCCAUAAGCAUUUAGCUCUAGAGAUGCAGCAGACUUUUUCUCAAGGGACAAUGUUACAUUUAAAAAAUCCACCAGUAUUACAGACAACCACUUUAGGAGCAGAGUCACUGGCUAAGGAGCCACUACCCUUUAAGAAAGAAAAUACAGCUAUACCGAAAACAAAGUGUGCUACUCAUAUAAUCCCCCUCUGGCCAGCACAGGCAGAGUGGCUGGAAAAAGUUGAUGCAAACAGGAAUUUUUUCUCUACAAAGCCUGGAUCACUUAGGAAUGAAACUAUAACUGGGUUCCAACAGAAUCCAUCUUCACUGAAUGAAGAGUCCUCCAUUCCACAGAAACUACCCCCCUCAAUGCCAUUGGCCGCAGAGAAGACCGCCAGUCAAGAAGGGGAAUAUAGUAAGGAAUCAGUGACUUUAAAUGAUGAUAAUAUGUUCUUCUCUCCAGAGCUAUUUUCUCCUUAUAGUUAUACUUAUGAAGAUACCUUUAAAUCUCAGAAGUCUUUGGACUUGCAAGAGAAGACUGAUAGAAAAAAGGACUCCCACAGAAAACUGUUUGACUCACAGGACAGUGUUUCUGAAGAAGAGGCCUUUUUAAGAAAGCUCUUUUGUAAGGACAGAUAUCCUUCCUCUGCAGAAUCGAGCCAAGAGAGGACCGUUGCUCUAGAGCAGGAAUUUGUCUUAAAGAAGAUAUUGGAAGAGAACAGCAGUGGUGAAGUUGAUGGGUCCUUUAGUUAUCAUUCACUGCACUUUCAAAGCUAUCCCAGCCCUAUGGUGGAGGCUGCUGUGGAACCUUUACACUUUCAGGAGGAACUCAGUAUGGAGAAAAUGGCUGUCCCUAUGAAGCCAUUGAUCACACAAGAUAAUUCUACUGAGGAGGCUGUCCUCAAUAAGUACACCAGUGACACAAUCAAUCAAUGCUGGCCCUUGCAGGAGACAGCAAGCAUCAAGGAUGAAGCAGUUGUGAAGGAGCCAUUACCUCCACAGGAGCAGACCCGAGCUGACCUGGUGACUGUCCUGAAGGAGCUGCUGGUCAUAGUGAAGAAGCCCGAUGUGGAGAAGGUAGCCUUGACCCUUCAGGAGAAACCACCCAGUAACGUAGAGGUUCUCUUGAAUGAAGUAUUGGAAUUGAUGGAGAAACCUAGAAUUGGGGGAGAAUCUAUUCUGGAGGAGCCCUUGGCCUUGCAGGAGAACCCUAGCAAAAAAACAGAGGCUACCCUGAAGGAACCAUUAGCCUUGAAAGAGAAUCUCAGCAUUGAGAAGGCAAGUCCCAAGGAGAUUUUGACUUCUGAUCAUAACCCUGACAUUGAGAAGGAUGAUGUAACCAGAAAUAUAUUAGAUGUUGAGGAGUCCAUAGAAACACUGGCACUGCACGAGGGACUCACUGCUGCAGACCAAUUGGCCUUUACAGAUCUACUAGCUUUGGAAGACACUAGUAUUAUUGAUGAAGAGGAGUUUUUCAAAUCAUUCCUUGCCUUUCCACAAGAUAAUAACACUUAUAUGCCCACCAAUGCUUUAGAAUGCAGAGCAGGCAAUUCCAAUGCUCUUGUGCCCACUGAGGAGACAUUCAAUCCUGUCAUGAAUUCCAGUCCAUGUGAAUCUGCUUCCAAAGAUCUUCAGUCAGCUGUGGGUGAAAAACAGACUGAGGUAAUCAUACUGGACGACAGUGACACAGCGGAAAGUAUUGAAAAGGAAGACCGUAAUCCAGCACUCAACUCUGUAUAUAUCAAGGAAAUCUUCAUUUACUUGAGGCAGAGAGAGGAAAAGUUCAUAGUUAUGAAAUACAUGGACAGGCAGAUGGAACUCACCAGUGAUAUGAGAGCCAUUCUUGUGGACUGGUUGGUGGAAGUACAGACAUCCUUUCAGAUGAGUCAUGAGACCCUGUAUUUGACUGUGAAGCUAGUGGAUCACUACCUAAUGAAGGCACAAUGCAAAAAGGAUAACCUACAACUCCUUGGUUCCACUGCCUACAUGAUUGCAGCCAAAUUUGAGGAAUCCUAUCCACCUUCUCUGCCAGAGUUCCUUUACAUUUGUGAAGAUCUUUAUCAGCAACGUGAUAUGGUUGCCUUGGAAAUGAAUAUUCUGAAAACCCUCGACUUUGACAUCAAUAUUCCCACUGCAUAUAAUUUUCUGCGUAGAUAUGCUUCGUGUAUCUGUGCUAGCAUGAAGACACUAACCUUGUCCCGAUUCAUCUGUGAGAUGACCCUGCAGGAAUAUGAUUAUGUCCAAGAGAAGCCUUCAAAGCUAGCUGCAGCCUCCUUUGCUUUGGCCCUCUACAUGAGGAAUCUCAACAAUUGUAUUCCUUUACUGGAACAUUACACUGGCUACGAGAUAGCUGAGCUUCAGACCUUGGUCAGAAAGCUGAACAAUUCACUACUUUUCCGACCCCAUAGUUGCCUGAAGAAUGUGUAUGAGAAGUAUGCUGAAGAGGCCUUCUUUGAAGUCUCCAAAAUACCUCCUUUGGACAAGAACACUCUAGAGGAGAUUUUGCUGUGGUCAUUACUGAGCUGA